AUGUCACAAACAGCUGUAAAGACAUCAUCUGUACAGUUGAGAAGCAUUCACGGCCACACAUCAUCUACGCCAUUCACGAAUUUUCUGGACGAUGGAGACCGCUCGAGAUCAAGAGCCAGAUCCAGCUAUACGCAACAUGAUGCCUCAGGUCUCAACGAACUGACCUUCCCCGAAGGAGGCUGGCAGGCCUGGCUGGUUGUCUUUGGGUCGUUCUGUGCAAUGCUUUCGGUUUUCGGCCUCAUUAACUCAGCUGCCGUCUUCGAGUCAUAUUUCUCUGAAAACCAACUUGCUGAUCAUUCAUCAUCCGAGAUCGGAUGGAUUUUCAGCUUGUACCUUUUCAUUGUCUUUUUUGUCGGUAUUCAAGUUGGUCCCCUGUUUGACCAGUACGGUCCCCGUGGCCUUGUUGUCGCUGGUGGUCUUUGCAUGUCUGCAAGCCUUCUCUUAUUGAGCUUAUGCAAAGAAUAUUAUCAAAUCCUGCUGGCGUACUCAAUUCUCGGUGGCUUGGGAGGUGCCCUACUGGACUCGCCCUCUUACGGCGCUAUUGCUCACUUCUUUGACUCACGCCGAGGCUUCGCCACGGGUAUAGCCGCCACAGCUGGUUCGAUAGGCGGAAUCGUGUAUCCGAUCUUGCUUCAAAACCUGUUCCCGACUCUCGGGUUUGGUCCGACAGCGCGGAUUCUUGGCUUCAUCCUCCUUGGACUAACGGUACCCGCGACUCUCUUUAUUCGGUCUCGGCUGCCAAAGAAAGAGGGACCUGGGUCCAUCUGGCCAGAUUUGACUGUCUUCCGCGAUCCAAAAUUUAGCCUGUCAGCGAUCGGAAUCUUCUUCAUGGAGUGGGGUCUCUUUGUCCCCAUCACCUACAUCAUCUCUUACGCUGCGACUCUACCCGGCAGCAACGUUCAUUCGUACACAAUUCUGUCCAUUCUCAACGCGACAUCAGCGAUCGGGAGGUUCCUCCCAGGUCUGGCUGCAGACAAGUACGGGAGAUUUAACGUCAUUCUCAUCACCAUCGCCCUCUGCUUCAUCACAAUUCUUGGCCUAUGGCUGCCUUCGGGAAAUUCUCAAUCGAUGCUCCUAGCUUUUGUUGCUAUAUUCGGUUUCGCAAGUGGGAGUAAUCUAGGACUAGUUCCGGUCUGCCUGGGUCAAUUGUGCGAUGCAAGGGAAUAUGGACGUUAUCUCUCCACGGCGAUGAUGAUGGCCAGCUUCGGCACUCUCAGCAGUUUGCCAAUUGCCGGUGCCAUCCUCGAGGCACAGGAAGGAGGCCAAAACUGGAAGGGACUGAUAUUGUUUUCUGGCGUCUCUUAUUUUCUUGCUUUCAUUUGCUACGCUGCGGUUAGGGUUUUGGCUGUGGGGUGGGAAUUCUCAGCAAGAUUCUAA